AUGAAGUAUAAAUGUCUGAUUGUUGAGAAUGAUCCUCUGGAGCGCGACCUUCUGGAAAUGCUGCUUCGUAAAAUAGAGUCAGCAGAGAUUGUAGCGGUUUGCGAGAACGGUAUGUCUGCCAUGCAGGUACUAUUGCGGGAGGAAGUAGAUCUUGUAUUCACAGAUAUAGAUAUGCCUGAGCUGUCUGGGAUUGAUUUGCUAAAGAGCCUGAAAAAUCCACCGGCAUUUGUGUUUAUCAGUGCUCAUGGAAAAUUUGCGGUGGAGGGGUUUGACCUGGAUGUGGCUGACUUUAUAUUGAAGCCCGUAACUGCUUACCGGUUGCUCAAAGCUUUUGGUAAAGCAAAGGUGUUACAUGAUAAGAGAGCAGUGCAAGGAGUGGUAACGACCCAUCUGCCAAUUGAAGAAGAGGGGAUUUUAUAA